AGAUUGCCGACAGUCCCGGCGCCUCGCUAGGGGGCAGAAAGAUGGGGAAGGCAGGGAAGGCGGUCGUGCGCCACAGCGCUCUCCUUGAGCGUCUUCCGGGAUAUAUGAGGAACCGAGUGACGCCCGGUUCCUCAGUCAUUGCCGAGCAGAUAGCAAUCGAAAACGGGUCAGUGAUUCAAGCUACUUACUUGCUGCCACCCCCCUCCGCCCCUGGAAAUAAAUAGGGCGGCAGCGGCAGCGUUUUCCUGCUCGCUUGCAGACUUUGCAUUUUGCAGCUGCCUUGGCUGAAUACUUUUUGCUGACUUUGCGAUGGGCGGCCAAAUCUCUGUGGACAAGUCGGUGCAGGUGGUGAUAGUCGGUGGCGGCUUCGGUGGCAUUGAAGCUGCCCGCAAGCUCAAGUGUUGGGGAGUCCCCUUCAUCCUGGUGGACAUGAGGGAUGCUUUCCACCACAACGUCGCUGCUCUCCGGGCUGCCGUACAGAGUGGAUUUGCCAAGAAAACUUUCAUCUCCUUCUCCAAGACCUUUGGAGGCAGUUUCCGGCAGGGUCUGGUAGUUGGAAUUGACUUGGAGAAACAGCAUGUCCUGUUGAAUGAUGGUGAACUCUGCUAUUCCCACCUGAUCCUUGCCACAGGGAGUGAUGGGCCUUUCCCAGGAAAAUUUGACAGACCCAUGGACAUGCAGUCUGCUAUUCAGACCUACGAGGACAUGGUUGAAGAGGUUGAAAAAUCUCCCCGCAUAGUAAUUGUGGGCGGUGGUUCUGCUGGUGUUGAAAUGGCUGCGGAGGUCAAGACGAAGUAUCCCAACAAAGAGGUCACCCUUAUUCACUCAAAAGUUGCACUGGCAGAUGCAGAAGUGCUCCCCAGAGUUCGGCAGGAGGUGAAGGAGUCCCUUUUAAAAGAGGGGGUACAUCUCUUAUUGAGUCAGAAAGUUGAAAACCUGCAAUCACUGACUUUAAACAAAUUCAAAGAGAACAUGAUAGUGAAGACAGACAAAGGCACAGAGAUUGUUACUGACAUGGUGAUUCUCUGCACUGGGAUAAAAGUCAAUUCCGCAGCAUACAGCGGUGCAUUCAGCGACAAGCUGGCAAGUAAUGGUGCUUUGCAAGUGAAUGAGUACCUUCAGGUUAAAGGAUAUGAUAACAUUUAUGCUAUUGGCGAUUGCGCUGAUGUGAACGAGCCAAAAAUGGCAUACCAUGCUGGGCUCCAUGCAGAUGUUGCAGUGACAAACAUUGUCAACAGCCUGACACAGAAGCCUCUGAAAACCUAUACACCAGGAUCACUCACGUUCCUGAUCUCACUGGGAAGAUGUGAUGGAGUGGGCCAAAUCAGUGACUGCUACGUGGGACAUCUCUUAGUGACAAUUGUUAAAAGCAGGGAUCUUUUCAUCUCACAAAGCUGGAGAAAGAUGAAUCAGUGUAUGCCAUGCUAGAUAGAAAAGGGUUUGCAAGAAAAGAUGCAGGUGUAACAGGACCAGUGCCAAAAAAGAAUAUACCUUUCAAUUAAAGAAGGGUUGGGUAGUUAUUACUAAUUUUAAAAAGCUUAACUUUUAUCGGAUAUGGUUUGUAUCUCUUAUCCAAGGUUAUAUUUUACAUUAAACCUUGGGAUCAUUUUUACUAACUGGCUCAUGAGCUAUAAUGGAUUCUGAAAGUUCUUGAAUUAAAAGAAGUAGCAACCUACAACCUGUUUUGUGCUGUAUUCAUUGAAUUAUGUGUCUGUCUGCUUGAGUUUAUCUUUUUUUGGUAUAUUAAGCGUAAACCUACCUCCUUUAAGCAAACAAUUUCUCCUAGAAUAUGUUUAUAUUGACUUCUAGUUGAUCCAAGCCCAAAGGGUUUAGGGCAGUUGGUCCUUGCAGCUCCCAAAACUGUGUAAGCUAUGAUGUGGCACAGCUCAAGCUUUAGAACUUAUCAGUUCCUAGGACCAGAACACUGCAGUUGUUGUUGCUUUACGUAUUUUUUUGUGUUGAAAGUUGUUAAAAGCUUGGAGUUGUUUCUUAAACAAUACAGUAUGAUGACCUGAAAAAGUGAAGUUUUUUGUUUUUAAAAAUGUAUUUACAAGUUGAAUGUUUUCCUUCGAUCCAUGGGUCAAUAAUGGAACAUUAAAACCUUUACAAACAAGCCUGGGUGUGUGCAGAAUCAUUUUGAUUUAAAAAAUCUAAAAUGACAGCAACAUACCUAUUUUUCCUUGCCACCAACACAUGGUCGUCUAUUUCAAAGUAGAUAAAAGGUAAAUGUAAAAUAACAUUCCAUUAUGCACUACUUUUUCCUGUAUU